CCCGUGGCUGGCCGGGCGGGCGGGCGGCCGGGAGGCCGGGCGGGAGGCGGGUGAGCUAGACGGUCCGCGGGCCCUGCGUGGUCCGGGGCGGGAGGCGGCCGCCAGCGGCGGCGCGCCGAGGCCUGCGCUCCGGUCCUCCGCUAUCGGGUCGCCCGUCUCCGCCUCGCCAUGGCACUGAGAGCCGAGGGCGCCGCGGCGCUGGACUGCUUCGAGGUGACGCUGAAGUGUGAGGAAGGGGAGGACGACGAGGAGGCCGUGGUGGUUGCCGUGAUCCCGCGGCCUGAGCCGAUGCUCCGAGUAACCCAACAGGAAAAGACGCCACCACCUAGGCCCAGCCUGCUGGAAGCAGGUGUCGAAAGCUGUGAGGAACCCAAGCAGCAAGUGUCAUGGGAACAGGAGUUCCUGGUGGGGAACAGCCCAGGAGGCAGUGGACGGGCGCUGUGCAUGGUGUGUGGGGCUGAGAUCCGGUCCCCAUCAGCAGAUACUGCUCGCACACACAUCCUGGAGCAGCAUCCCCAUACCCUGGACCUGAGCCCCUCUGAGAAGAGCAACAUCUUGGAAGCCUGGAGUGAAGGGGUAGCCCUUCUGCAAGACAUUCAAGCUGACCAGCCAUCUCUGCCCAGCCUAGAGUCAGGCCAGGAUGGCCAGCCAGACCCCAACUGCAACCCGGACCCUGCCAGGAUGCCAGCAGAGAUCGUGGUCCUCUUGGAUUCCGAGGACAACCCAUCCCUCCCUAAGAGGCUCCGGCCCAGAGGACUCCGCCCCCUUGAGCUGCCUGUUGCCCCUGUCACAGAGCCAGGAAAUAAAAAGCCCCGUGGUCAGAGAUGGAAGGAGUCCCCUGAGGAGGAGCCUGCCAGAAAGAAGAGAAACAGGCAUAUGACCAAAAACCUGGACCCUGACCCAGACCCCCCAUCUCCUGAGUCACCCACAGAGACGUUUGCAGCACCAGCCGAAGUCCGACACUUCACUGAUGGCAGCUUCCCUCCUGGCUUUGUCCUCCAGCUCUUCUCCCACACGCAGCUCAGGACCACAGACAGUAAGGACUCCCCUAAAGACAGCAAAGCAGCAGCAGAGAGCCUGCCUCAGCCAGAAAACCCCUCUUCAGCUCCCCCUCCGGGGCUUCGUGGGACACUGGAUCUCCAGGUUAUCCGUGUUCGGAUGGAGGAGCCGCCUGCCGUCAGCCUCUUACAGGACUGGUCCAAGCAUCCCCAGGGCACCAAGGGGGUGGGAACAGGUGACAACCCAGACUGGUCCACGGUUCUGUCAGAAUCCGGUGCCACUGUUAAGGGACAACCAGAGGCAGGAAAUGGGGUGUAAGUUUUCACUUUCCUGGGCAGGGGAGGGGUGGGAGGAAGGAAAGGUGGGAGGGAGUAUCCCCCCUUGACUUAAAUCUCAGAUCUGCCCAGCUUGGCCACCUGAUGGAGAGUUUUAAAACCAGGUGCCAGGAGACCUCAGAGGAGGGGUGACAUCACUGUCACACUGGGGCACUAGAAAUGCCUGGCCGAGACUGAAUUAGGCAGAGGUGGCUUAGGCUGUUGGGUGAUGCGGCAUUGGGCCUGUGGAGAACACCUUCCCCAAUCCUUCGCUGACCUACCCUCUGACCCCACACCUCUUUCCUCAGCUCCCCACCACUCUCCCCUGGCACAGUGCCUUAUGUAGAGGUGGUCAUGAUGGGGUUUGAACUGAGUCCCACUACCUCGGGGGACACCUCUCCUCCCCCACUUCUGGCUCCUACAGCAGGAGGCCUCCAUUACCUCUUACCGCCUCAUCCCUGCCGAGGGCUCCCUUUACCACCCCUCACCUGUCGUCCUCUUGCAUCUUUUAUCCUGUUGUAUAUAUUACCUUUGUUGACAAUAAAUUAUUUUUUUUUUUAUUAAAAG